ACUUGCAACUAAGCGAGACAAGGAGGUCUGCCCUGUCAGUCGUGAUUUAGAAAAUCGUCUAAACGAAAGGGAACGAUAUAAAAAGAAAGCUAGAUAUGUUGCAAUGUGUGAUCAUUAAACCAUGCAUUGCAGAACCAGGAAAAACAUUAUAGCAAUGGCAAGGUAGCUAGUGCCCAAGGCGCCUGUGCUAACCUUAGCCCCUAUAGGCACGGCUAAAUAUCUAGCUAGCUAACUAUUGUUAGAUACAAUGCUAGUUUGUUAACAUUGUCAAAUGACAUGCUCGUAGGCAAUAGCACUUGGCAUAUUCUUAUUGAGUGUUUUAAGCAAACGUUAGUAUCUUUUUUGCCCAUAUGGGGACGCAAGAGACAGCUGGGACCAUAGAGAACCGUAUUCUAAUUCCUAAUUCUAUGGCUGAAAGCUUGGCUAGCUGGCUAACCAACUGGUGUUGUGCCACAGAUCCAGUUUGCAAAUCAUUGGUGAGUUCUCGUUGAGGAGGAGGCAAUGACAAGAGGAGCGGAGACGUGACAGACUGUCUUCUGUGACCCGAACAUCGAAGUAGCUAAUCCUGUUGACAAUCUGGGAACGUUUACAAUUUUUCCAAAUGCAUCCAGAGAGAGAUCCCUCUCCGUGGAUCAGAAUGCGAUCCAAGAAGAACAGAUAAUACGAAAAAGCUUCCUAGGCAGAGCAGGGCAUGAAAUCAACGAGAACUGCACACAUGCUGACAGAACCAGCUCAUUGAACCUGUAGGAAGCAUGACAGCAUAUUCCUGUCUAUUUGAUCCAUUUAUUUAUUUUGGUGAAGUAGAAAUGAUUGUGUCUGUAUUUCACCACCGGUUUCCAUAUUUGCAUGUACUAAUUCUAUCAACCGAUUAAAGAGAUCAGUCAGAAUUUAUUUUUCAAGAUGACGGUGGAGGGUUCCACAAUAAAGAGUCGGAUCAAAAAUCUGCUUCGCUCGCCAUCUAUAAAAUUGAGAAGGAAUAAAGCUCUGAACAACAAAGAAAAUCUCACUAACAAGGUGACACUGGAGAAGGUGCUAGGGAUCACAGCAUUUGGGAACCGCGCUUUGGCUUGUGACCCUUGCUCUGGACUCGUGGCCUACCCAGCUGGAUGUGUGGUGGUGCUGCUGAACCCCAAGAAGAACAAACAGCAUCACAUCCUCAACAGCUCCAGGAAAACCAUCACCACUCUGUCAUUUUCCCCUGAUGGCAAGUUUGUGGUCACAGGAGAGAGUGGACACAUGCCUGCUGUGCGGGUGUGGGACGUUGCAGAACGGACCCAGGUUGCUGAGUUACAGGAACAUAAGUACGGCAUCUCCUGUGUGGCUUUCUCCCCCAACAGCAAGUACAUUGUCAGCGUGGGAUACCAGCACGACAUGAUUAUCAAUGUUUGGGCCUGGAAGAAAAACAUAGUGGUGGCAGCCAACAAGGUGUCCAGUAAAGUCACAGCUGUCUCCUUCUCAGAUGACAGCAACUACUUUGUCACGGCAGGGAACAGGCAUGUCAAGUUCUGGUACCUGGAUCACACCAAAUCAUCCAAGGUGAACGCCACGGUUCCUCUGCUGGGUCGCUCGGGGCUCCUGGGGGAGCUGAGGAACAACUUCUUCAGUGAUGUGGCAUGUGGGAAGGGUCGUAAAGCCGGCAGCACCUUCUGCAUCACCUCCUCGGGCCUGCUCUGCGAGUUCAGUGACAAACGCCUGCUGGACAAAUGGGUGGAGCUACGGAAGAACGACAGUGUCACAACCAGUCAGGCCACAUCUCUGUCUGUGACGGACGAGCUGAUCUUCUGUGGCUGUGCCGACGGCACGGUUAGGGCCUUCAGCCCCGUCAACCUACACUUCAUCUGUACCCUGCCACGCCCACACUGCCUGGGCACAGACAUCGCCACCGUGGUGGAGGCUAGUCACCUCUUCAGCCACAAGAUGGACGCCCGGUGUCCAGACACGGUGGCUGUAUCUUAUGACCCUGCGAGCCGCUGGCUGUCCUGUGUCUACAACGACCACAGCCUGUACGUGUGGGACGUACGGGACCUCCGCAAAGUGGGCAAGGUCUACUCCGCCCUUUACCACUCGGCCUGCGUGUGGAACGUCGAGGUGUACCCAGACAGGGUAAGUGAUGGCAGGCAGCCCUGUUUGCCUCCAGGCUCCUUCCUCAGCUGUUCUUCAGACAAUACUGUCCGGCUCUGGAACACUGAUGGACACAACACAACUCUUAGCCGCAACGUCAUCAGCAACGACCUCCAAAAGAUCAUCUACAUGGACAACAACACGGCCGGCCUGCUGGACACAGAGUGCCUCAACUCGGGGAACGGAGAGAAGGCCGACCCCCAGACCUCCGAGACCAGGACGGGCAUCAGGACCAUGUGUGUCAGCCCAGACGGGCAGCACCUGGCAUCGGGCGACCGGACCGGCACCUUGAGGAUCCACGAUCUAGAGAGCAUGGGGGAGAUUCUGAACGUUCAGGCCCACGACUCAGAGAUCCUGUGUCUGGAAUACUCCAAGCCUGAGACAGGGCUGAAGCUGCUAGCCACAGCGAGUCGAGACCGGCUGAUCCACGUGCUGGAUGCAGAUCGGGAGUACAGCCUGCUGCAGACGCUGGAUGAACACUCCUCUUCCAUCACCGCUGUACGAUUUGCUGCCAAUGAAGGCAAGGUCAGGAUGAUCAGCUGUGGCGCUGACAAGAGCAUCUACUUCCGCACAGCGCAGAAGUCAGAUGAAGGAACCGUGUUUACCCGCACCCACCACAUCGUACGCAAGACAACGCUGUAUGACAUGGAUAUCGACCCCACCAGGAAGUAUGCUGUUAUUGGUUGUCAGGACCGCAGCAUCAGAAUCUUCAACAUCAGUAAUGGAAAACAGAAGAAACUGUACAAGGGCUCCCAAGGAGAGGAUGGGACUGUCAUCAAGGUUCAGACAGACCCCUCAGGGCUGUAUGUGGCCACCAGCUGUUCAGACAAGAACAUCAGCAUCUUUGACUUCUACUCUGGGGAGUGUGUGGCCACCAUGUUUGGACACUCUGAGGUUGUGACUGGAAUGAAGUUUACCAAUGACUGCAAGCACAUGAUAACUGUGUCUGGUGAUAGCUGUAUCUUCGUGUGGCGUCUGUCCCCGGAGCUGACCAUCAGUAUGAGACAGCGUCUCUCGGACCUCAAGCAGAAUGGCAAGCCAGUUCAGAAGACCCCACUUCACAAACCUUGCAAUCUCAGCACCAGGAGAGAGUUACAUAGCACCCCUCCCAUUGUCACCAUGUCCUCUGACAGUGACAAAGAGGUGGAGGAGGAGGGGAUAGAAGAAGAGGAUGAGGAAGAGAGGAUCUCUCCUUACAUGGUGUCAGGCUGCAGUGCAGGGGAAGAGACAGACACCUCAGAUGAAAAGCACAACUCUCAUGAACUGAAAAGGGAGAACUCUUUUGGCAGGCGGUCCUCCCAGGGCAGUCACCACUCUGAGGACAGGGGUCCCCGUCCGCGGCGCCGCUGGUCCAGACGCAUGGACAGCAUGGAUCUGAUGGUCAAGUCCAUGUUAGACCUCAGACAGCUGGACUCCUUCGCCAUGCCCCCCUCCUCCCCCACUAAGACCCAGACCCAGCCUGUUUCUGUCUCCUUCAGAGACCCAUUCAGAGAGGAAGAGCUGGGCAGUACCAUCAGCCUGCAACCCCUCACUGCAUGGGGGGAGUCUGAUCAGAGGUCCCAGCAGCGGCCCAAAUACAUCAUGCUCUCUCCACAGACACCUGACACAGAGACAGGCCCAGUGCUGUACCCCGACGGCUUUGAGGACAGGGUCAGCUUAGCCGGCAGUGAGUACCUGGUGAAGCAGCUGCUGCCUGGGCCUGGGGCCAGCAGGAGUGUGAAGGGGUACCAGAACCACAACCAGUGGAGCCAGGGCCACCAUGACAAACACAGCCCAGACAGCGCCUGCUCUGUGGACUACUCCAACAGCAGACUGUCCAGCCCAGACAGUCAGCAGCAGCCUCCUGCAGAGGACCCUGAGCCGACGGAGCCUCUCAGUGUGGAUGGGAACUCCUCUGAAUUGGACCUGGAGGAACUGGAGGUGGAAGAGGAGGGGGGCGUAGGGAGGGGAGAUGCCAAGGGGGUGACGGUAGUACCCCAGACCCCCGACCAGGAGGCCUUCCUCAAACAGCACUUUGGCAACCUGGCUGAGCUUAACAACCCAGUGAGUCCGACGAGAGCUGCCACCCCUGACAAUAUCAGCAUCUCCUCUAAGUUCCUGUCCCAAUGCUCUACUGGAAGCAGGACCUCCUUUCCAUUCCUAUCUAAGAGCAUUGGUGAGGGGAAGGUAGGCAGCGGUGUGGUGAAGCCCCUGGUCUCUCAGGUGAGGCCUCUCAUGGAGCACAACCAGGGCCAGAGCCACAACCAGGACAGAGACCAGAGCCAAGCCCAUAGCCAGAGGAAGGUCUCAGAAGACUCUCAAAAGGGCCCCACUGGGAGACUAGAAGUAGUGGACACUACGGAGAAGUUUCUUAAUCUGCGGGCCUCUCCUCUGAGGAAGAAGCUGUUUAACCCUGCAGUGGACUCCCGUAGGAUGGUCAGCCCUGUGACCAAGGCUGCAGCCUCUCACCUCACAACUACAGGCAUGAGGAAGUCCCAGUCAGUCCAGAACCUGCACACUGAGGUAGAAAUGCCUCUAACCCUGUCUCGGCCCUCCAAGGUGGUGGCCCCCCUGCCCCAUCACUCCCAGUUCUAUCACUCCCAGGCCAGCGAGGGUCAAGUGACACUCCCCACCACCCCCAGCAGCACACUGCCCAGCGUGCCCCCCUUCUGCAGCCCCACCUCCCCCCAGCCUCAGGACAACACCAGUACCAGCCACAGCACAGCCACUAUGCCCAGGAGCCUAAAGUCCCGCUGCUCCUACAUGAGCCCCACCACCAGUUCCAUGGCCAAGAUGUCCCGCUCCGUGUCCAUGGGAGACAACCUAAACGUGACUGAGGAGGAGUCUGGGUCUGGAAGUAGUUCCAACACCUCCAACCCACCAACGACCAAGAGUCAGAGCUGCUCCUCCCAGAGUCCGAGUACUAAAGCAUCUUUCCCAGUGGCCAUGGUCUCCUCGGCGUCCUCCUCCCUCUCAGGGAUGGGUUUAGCCAUGCCCCAAGCUGCUGUUAUCCCCAACCUCAUAGCUAGCUCUAACCCUAACCCAACCACCAAGAGUCUGCAGGCCAAGCUGACGUGCAGCACCCAGCCCCAGCUCAACCUGGACAUCUCCAAGUCCCUCCCAGACAAGCCCUCCCUGGCAGUCUUCACACCCAACGGUACCUCCAAGACCACCACCACUUCCUCCAAGACUGUCAAAGAGGACAACCUCUCCCUCAGAUCCCCAGUUAGCUCAUUGCCCCAGCAGGGCCAGAAUCAACCACCACUGCUCUUCAACAACGUCCAGCUAGUCAUUGCACUGUCCCCCUCCCCUGCUGCUCCUUGGGAGACUAGCCCAGUGCUGAGCCCUGAGGCGGAGCAGCUUGGUCUCACCACGGAGCUGCGUCCUGAGGCCCUUGUUGUAGACAACAGACUGGAACAGCCAAAGACAGAGGAAAGCCAGGGCCUGACCCAGGAGGAGAGCCCCGUGACGGAGCUGUCUCUUCAGGGCAAUCCGGUCUACCUGCUGUCACAACGAGGGCCCGGCCAGGACCACACAGGUUUGCUCCAGCGUUCUCCCUCCUUCACCCUGUCAUCUCUGCGUCUGGGCCUGACCAGCACCAAGCACUUCUUUACUACUGGUGCACUGUGGCCUGCUGUCUCCACCCCCAUGUACUCUUCACCUUCACCCUGUCCAUGUCCUCCGUCACUUAACCGGUUUCUCUCGAUUGACGAUUCUCUCAGUAUGGAGUCGUGCAAGGUGUUGGCCAGCGAGCUACAGAACUCAUUUAGGAAGGCCUCCCGGUUCUACAGGAUGGUGAACAGUGUGCCUGUAGCCUCCAGGCAGGAGCAGCAUGAGAUGGCCCGGGUCCUGUCUGAGGCCUUUGAGGUUGUGAGGGCCGAGCUGAGCUCCCUGCCCCAGAGCUCACUACCAUCCCCCUCUGGAGAACCGGCAGCAGGAGGCUCCCUGUGUACGCUGGGCUGCCGGCCUGUAGGACCAGGCACAGGGGGAUCAGGCUCAGGAGAGGAGAGGACUCUGGCUCUGCUGGAGCAGUACUCUGAGCUCCUCCUCAAAGCUGUGGAGAAGAGGCUGGACAACAAUCAGGUCUCCUAGAGACAUCUCAAGGGAGAGGCAUCUUAUUUUACCCCACCCUUUAAGACUGAACCAACAAACCUUCUGGCAAAUGUAGAAUUUUAAGCCAUUGUGCAAGGAUAUCUGCAGAGCUGAUUGAUCAGUGGACCUACUACAGUACUUGUUAUUUAAAUCAACUUUUUGAAGAUGAACAAAUUAAAAUAUUCAUGAGGGACAUCUUUUUUACAAGUUCUUUGUUAAAGGACUUCUAUCUCUCUCGCGAUGGUGAGGCUUGCAGUCAGCACAAAGGCCCACUGUAAUGGCCCAACGUAUAACACUAACAUACCAACAGCACAGAUACUGGGAAUGUAGGGAGACCCCUCAGGAUGAUCGAUGCCUCAGCAUUCAUUCCCAGUGUGGCUAAGCUGCACUACAGACUGUCAUUCACCAACCUUCCUCCCUCUGCGUGUCACCUACCAGAUAACUGCACUCUCACAACCACUUGUUUUAUUCACCCAUGUUGCCAAAUAUUGUGCCCUGCUACUUUGUUUUAAGUAAGUUAGCCUGAGGCUAAUACACAAGUAAUUAGCGGUUAUGCCCUUUGUUACAUACUCUAGAUCUCCCCUAGAUUAAGGAAAUAUGAAUAGUUGCUACAUUUGAUACAGGCUAUCAUUUUGGGUAGAAGUAGCAGAACAUUUUGGGUAGAAGUAGCAGAACAUUUUGGGUAGAAGUAGCAGAACAUUUUGGGUAGAAGUAGCAGAACAUUUUGGGUAGAAGUAGCAGAACAUUUUGGGUAGAAGUAGCAGAACAUUUUGGGUAGAAGUAGCAGAACAUUUCGGGUAGAAGUAGCAGAACAUUUUGGAGAAUCGAAGGGUGUUGUUGUUCAACACCUUUCCUGACCCCAGUGAUCUAAAACAAUACACUUGUGAUCGCUCCAAUUGAAACUUUCUGUGUUGGUGUCCCUGUCCCAACCAGGGCUCUCACCCACCACCACGUUGGACCAGGUCAUAGCCUCCUCAAAACUACACGUGUAACACAAGACCCUUCCAAGUCUUAGAAGCCAGAUUAUCAGACAUAAUGUUUUAGUGGAUGAGUUCAUACAUUGGGUUUUGAGAUGCCCUGUCGGUGUGUGAUGUGUGGUUGUAUUUAUUAUGUUGUAAAAGGUCCAUGUUGCAAAGGGUUUUUCAGCCUCUUGUUGUACAGUUUGUUUUGAUACUGGUGUCAGUAUGUUUUGUGCCAGAGCUAGGUCAUCAGUGGGGGACCAACAUGCAAAAGAAACAGACGACCUUGAAGAUAUACAGUAUCAACUGAGUCUCCUCGUUCUUCAACUCUACUGGAUGAUUUUAUAAACCGUGUGAAUUGUGUUCCCAGUAAUAAUACAAAAUGUUCAAGGAAAUGGGUGCCUUAAAGUCAAAACCAUAUUCUUUUCAUGGUUCCAAAUGUGUUAGGCAAUACCAAAAUAAUAUUCAAUUGUAAUCAAAAGGCAACUACUGAAAUGUAUCUACUGCUGUGGGAAUCAAAUGACAUUGAGGAGAAGUGUUCUCUGGUGACAAUGAAUAGAGACAUCUUAGUGUUGGGUUACCUGAGGAUGAGAACAUAUUUCAUUCAUAGCUCUUCAGAGCUCUGCUGCACCAAUUCCUCAACAUUAAUUGGCUUCACGUUUUUAUCCUAGUCUCUGGUACAUUUCCACCACAGUAACAAUAUAAAGCACUUUUUUUCCUAUCGAAAUGGUCAUAGGUCAAAUUAAUGUAUUUGUAAUAGCUUAGGAUACUAAACUGAACCUUCAGGGUCUCUGUGUGUAUAUAAUGGUGGAAGGUAUGUGAGUGGAGGGCUCAGACUAAUUAUUAUGUUCUGCUGCUGCUAUGGUAAUUGUGGCCGCAGACAAGCACAACAUUGCCCUCUGCUGUUGGACCUAAAUCACUGCCCAGCUGCUAUGACAGACAGCCCAAUCACUCACCUCCCACCACUCAUCUCUGGUCAGGAUAAUGAUAUGCUGUGCUAUAAUACACUAGUGCUCUCAAACAAUAUUUUAAUCACCUGUGUAUACAGUACUGGGUAUUUUCUCAGUUAUUGUUACUUGUUGUUAGGAAACUUUCACAUCUGAUCAGGUAUCCAAUGUUCUUCUACUCUUUCAAAGUGCCAUGCCUGUAACUCCUUUCUACUGUUGAUUAAAGCAUUGUAUGUACAAAUUACUAGAUGGAUGUGCAUGGACAGACCGCCAAGAUUUUAAAUUGCAGUCGAGCCCUGAAAGGACAUGGGUUAUGGUAUAGAAUAAGAAUGAAUUAUUCUGCUGUUUAUUAGUUAUUCAGUAUUUUAUUGACAAUAUUCAGAACGGUAACGUUAUCUAGCAGACUGGAGGCUUCAUUAAGACAUAGGAUUGUAUUUCAGUGGACAGUAGUACAGAUACCUUGUAACUUUCUGCUGCUUAUAUGCAUGAGUAUAUAUGCAUGAAGGGUGGUGAACGGAGGUUGACUGACUGGCUCGUUCCUUAGUAGGAUUGCAUGGUUGAACGUACCCUAGGCUUUUUAAAGAGUUGAUCCCACUCUUUUUCACUGACUGGUACCCCUGUAACUGACCCUAGUUCUAAUCUCACCUUUUGUAUGUUAUGAUGAUUACUUGUCUUAAACUGCAGAUGAUGGACCAGCAUUUUCCUCUUUUAGGAAUGAUCACCUUUCAGCCAUUUUGUGAGCUGUUUUCUGUUUUGCACCAACCUCAGUGUUUUCACUGUAUUCCCUCUCUGAACUUCUCUCUCUGCCAGAGAAUAAAAACAGAUUUAUUACACUCAA